CAUAACCCUUUUUUCUCAUGAAAUCUUCUACUGAUUUGUAGAUAUUUGGUUCAAUACUUGGAGUUUCAGCUGGAUUUGUACUUGGAAAGGAAGGUCCAAUGGUACAUACGGGGGCGUGCAUUGCAAACUUACUUGGUCAGGGAGGGUCACGCAAGUACCAUCUUACAUGCAAUUGGCUAAGAUAUUUCAAGAACGACAGGGAUAGGCGGGAUUUGAUUACGUGUGGGUGCGCGGCUGGAGUGGCCGCUGCCUUCCGCGCACCUGUUGGUGGCGUCCUGUUUGCUCUUGAGGAAGCAGCAUCAUGGUGGCGAAGUGCUCUUUUAUGGAGAGCAUUCUUUACAACUGCUGUUGUUGCUGUCGUGUUGAGGACUCUGAUUGAGUUCUGUCGCAGUGGAAAGUGUGGUCUCUUUGGGCAAGGUGGAUUGAUUAUGUUUGAUCUAAGUUCAACAGUUGCAACCUAUAGUAGUCCGGAUCUACUUGCAAUAAUUCUCCUUGGAAUAAUUGGUGGUAUAUUCGGAGGCCUCUUUAACUUUCUCUUGGAUAAAAUUCUUCGUAUUUACAGUAUUAUCAAUGAGAGAGGUGCUCCAUCCAAGAUCCUCCUCACUAUAAUAGUAUCAGUUAUCACAUCAAUGUGCUCCUAUGGCCUCCCUUGGCUUGCUUCGUGCACUCAAUGCCCCGAAGAUGCCGUGGAGCAAUGUCCUACCGUUGGUCGCUCUGGCAACUAUAAGAACUUUCAGUGCCCACCAGGGUAUUACAAUGGUAUGGCAUCACUUUUCUUCAAUACAAAUGAUGAUGCCAUACGCAAUCUUUUCAGCACUGGAACAGCGACUGAGUACCACAUGUCUAGUCUUUUCAUCUUCUUCGUUGCAAUCUAUUGCCUUGGACUUGUGACUUACGGAAUUGCCGUCCCAUCUGGUCUCUUCAUCCCUGUUAUCCUUGCUGGAGCCACAUACGGUCGAAUAGUGGGCACACUCUUGGGAUCCAUAUCAAGUCUUGACCCUGGACUUUUUGCGCUUCUUGGUGCGGCGUCUUUUCUCGGCGGAACAAUGAGAAUGACUGUGUCAGUCUGCGUGAUCCUUCUAGAACUCACCAAUGAUCUGCAAAUGCUCCCUUUGGUCAUGCUUGUUCUUCUAAUAUCGAAGACCAUAGCGGAUAGCUUUAACAAAGGGGUUUAUGAUCAGAUAGUGGUAAUGAAAGGUUUGCCGUACAUGGAGGCUCAUGCUGAACCGUACAUGAGACAUUUGGUUGCUGGUGAUGUUGUGACUGGCCCACUAAUCACCUUUUCAGGUGUUGAGAAGGUAGGCGACAUUGUUACUGCGUUGAGGAUCACGGGCCACAAUGGAUUUCCAGUGGUUGACGAGCCACCUCUAACAGAAGUGCCUGAGUUGGUUGGGCUUGUGAUCAGGUCACAUCUAUUGGUUUUGCUGAAAGGCAAGAUGUUCAUGAAGGAGCCAGUGAAAAUGAGCGGUAGCUUUGUUAUGGAAAGAUUUGGUGCCUUUGAUUUUGCUAAGGCAGGGUCAGGGAAGGGUUUAAAAAUUGAGGAUCUGCAUUUCACUGAUGAGGAGAUGCAAAUGUAUGUAGAUCUCCAUGCAAUUGCAAACACCUCGCCAUAUACAGUGGUUGAGACAAUGUCACUAGCAAAAGCUGCACUCCUAUUCCGAGAACUAGGAUUGAGACAUCUCUUGGUUGUUCCAAAGACCCCAUACAGGCCUCCCAUUGUUGGAAUUCUCACAAGGCAUGAUUUUGUGGCGGAACAUAUCCAUGACCUAUUCCCAAGUCUCAAUCCUCACAACUUUCAUUCAGCCUCAAUGGGAGGUUGAUUGUGAAUUUUUUUUGUUUCUUCUCAUUUACAAAAAUCAUAUAAGUCUUAUGUACAUCAAUCAGAUUGCGCUUUUGUAAUAAUAAUGUGGCCAGAUGGUUGGACGUCUGCCUAUUGCCAGAAGGUCAAGGAAGUUGGUGAACUGAUGACAGGGAAGCUGCCAACCCUAGUUUUCUAUUGUGAGCCUAUGACAGGAAUCAUUGUGCCAACUAUAGAUUAAACAUUCAAAACCCUGGAACUCGAAAGAUAAACAUACAUGCUAAAGUUUCUACAAAGCAUGUUUGAGUAUGAGAUUUUAGUUACAUUGAACUUCUGACAAUAUUUAAACAAGUAUGGUUCUCAUUUGCAAGUA